GGCCGCGGCGAGGGCGCGCGCGGGCGGGCGGGCGGAGAGAGGCGGAGGCGGCGAGAGCGGCCGCCCGGAGGAAAUCGGGAGGGGGAGGGAAAGAAAGGCCGAGACAGAAGGAGCGAGAGGCGGCCGAGGGGCUGGUCCAGGCGCGGCCGCUAAGAGGAGACCAAGAGGCGGGGGCUGCACUUGACAACCAGCAUGCCGAGAUGUCAGAAGAGGCAGAAGUGGAUGUGAGAGAAAGAGAGACACAGAGAGACAGAGAGCCAAAGAGGGCAAGAGACUUGACUUUAAGAGACUCCUGUACUGACAACUCCAUGCAGUUCGGAACCAGAACGACUACCGCUGAACCAGGGUUCAUGGGGACAUGGCAAAACGCUGAUACUAACCUCUUAUUCAGAAUGUCCCAACAGGUUCCAGUGGCAUGUGCCGGCAGAGUGCUGGGUGCAGACUUCUGCCCAAACCUGGAGGAGCCAGACCAGAGGCUGGAAGUCCAGGCCAUCCGCUGCACACUGGUCAACUGCACGUGUGAAUGUUUCCAGCCGGGGAAGAUUAACCUGAGGACUUGCGAUCAGUGUAAACAUGGCUGGGUGGCACACGCCUUGGACAAGCUCAGCACGCAGCACCUAUACCACCCCACCCAGGUGGAGAUCGUGCAGUCCAACGUGGUGUUCGACAUCAGCAGCCUGAUGCUCUACGGGACGCAGGCGGUGCCUGUGCGGCUCAAGAUCCUGUUGGACCGUCUCUUCAGUGUCCUGAAGCAGGAGGAGGUGCUGCACAUCCUACACGGCCUGGGCUGGACACUGCGUGACUACGUCCGGGGGUACAUCCUUCAGGAUGCUGCCGGCAAGGUGCUGGACCGCUGGGCCAUCAUGUCUCGAGAAGAGGAAAUCAUCACCCUUCAGCAGUUUCUUCGGUUUGGAGAAACCAAAUCCAUUGUGGAACUGAUGGCAAUUCAGGAGAAAGAAGGGCAGGCCGUAGCUGUACCAUCUUCAAAGACAGACUCAGACAUCAGGACUUUCAUUGAGAGCAAUAAUCGCACCAGGAGUCCCAGCCUCCUUGCUCAUCUGGAGAACAGCAAUCCUUCCAGCAUUCAUCACUUUGAAAACAUCCCCAACAGCCUGGCGUUUCUGCUGCCAUUCCAGUACAUAAACCCAGUCUCAGCCCCCCUGCUAGGAUUGCCUCCAAACGGGCUGCUCUUAGAGCAACCAGGCCUGAGGCUGCGGGAACCCAGCCUUUCAACCCAGAAUGAAUAUAACGAAAGCAGUGAGUCUGAAGUUUCUCCCACGCCCUACAAAAAUGAUCAGCCGCCCAAUAGAAACGCCCUGACCAGCAUUACUAAUGUGGAGCCCAAAACCGAGCCAGCCUGCGUGUCCCCCAUUCAGAACUCUGCUCCCGUCAGUGAUCUGACCAAAACUGAACACCCAAAAAGCUCAUUCCGGAUCCACCGGAUGAGAAGGAUGGGCUCAGCCUCUAGGAAGGGGAGAGUGUUCUGUAACGCAUGUGGGAAGACCUUCUAUGACAAAGGUACUCUCAAAAUCCAUUACAACGCUGUUCACCUGAAGAUCAAACAUCGGUGCACCAUCGAAGGUUGCAACAUGGUCUUUAGCUCCCUCCGCAGCCGGAACCGCCACAGCGCGAACCCGAACCCCCGCCUUCACAUGCCUAUGCUAAGGAAUAACCGAGACAAAGAUUUAAUUCGGGCCACGUCAGGGGCUGCCACUCCCGUCAUAGCAAGUACAAAGUCAAAUCUCACACUCACAAGCCCCGGGCGGCCCCCAAUGGGUUUUACCACUCCCCCACUAGACCCUGUCUUACAGAAUCCUCUCCCUAGCCAGCUGGUGUUUUCUGGGCUAAAGACUGUCCAACCCGUUCCUCCGUUUUAUAGAAGUUUACUCACUCCGGGGGAAAUGGUGAGUCCUCCAACCUCCCUCCCGACCAGCCCCAUCAUCCCCACCAGUGGUACCAUCGAGCAGCACCCCCCGCCUCCCUCUGAGCCAGCAGCGCCAGUGGUGAUGAUGGCCACGCACGAGCCCAGCACUGACCUGGCGCCCAAGAAGAAGCCCAGGAAGUCCAGCAUGCCUGUGAAGAUCGAGAAGGAAAUCAUCGAUACUGCCGAUGAGUUUGACGAUGAAGAUGAUGACCCCAACGAUGGUGGCGCUGUGGUCAACGACGUGAGCCAUGACAAUCACUGCCACUCCCAAGAGGAGAUGAGUCCAGGCAUGUCUGUGAAGGACUUUUCUAAGCAUAGCAGGAGCCGGUGCAUUUCAAGGACUGAAAUAAGAAGGGCCGACAGCAUGACUUCUGAGGACCAAGAAGUCGAGCGGGACUAUGAGAACGAGUCUGAGUCUUCAGAGCCCAAACUAGGUGAGGAGUCCAUGGAAGGCGAUGAGCACCUGCACGGCGAAGUGAGCGAAAAGGUCCUGAUGAACAGCGAGAGGCCCGACGAGAACCACAGCGAGCCCUCUCACCAGGACGUCAUCAAAGUGAAGGAAGAGUUUACAGAUCCCACUUACGACAUGUUUUACAUGAGCCAGUACGGACUGUACAACGGCGGGGGCGCCAGCAUGGCGGCCCUGCAUGAGAGCUUUGCCUCCUCUCUGAAUUAUGGCAGCCCUCAGAAGUUCUCCCCAGAAGGUGACCUGUGUUCUAGCCCAGACCCCAAAAUCUGUUACGUGUGCAAGAAAAGUUUCAAAAGCUCCUACAGCGUGAAGCUUCACUACAGGAACGUUCACUUAAAAGAGAUGCAUGUCUGCACGGUGGCUGGCUGCAACGCCGCCUUCCCCUCUCGCCGAAGCAGAGACAGACACAGUGCCAACAUAAAUCUGCAUCGUAAACUGUUGACCAAAGAACUCGAUGACAUGGGCCUGGACGCAUCGCAGCCCUCCCUUAGCAAGGACCUCCGGGAUGAGUUUUUGAUGAAGAUCUAUGGUGCCCAGCACCCCCUGGGGCUCGAUGUCAGGGAAGACGCCUCCUCCCCCGCGGGCACUGAGGACUCCCACCUGAAUGGGUACGGGAGGGGCAUGGCAGAGGACUACAUGGUCCUGGACCUGAGCACCACCUCCAGCCUUCAGUCCAGCAGCAGCAUCCAUUCCUCCAGAGAAUCCGACGCGGGCAGUGAUGAGGGGAUUCUCCUGGACGACCUGGACGGGGCGAGUGACAGUGGGGAGUCCGCGCACAAGGCCGAGGUCCCCACCCUCCCCGGCAGCCUGGGGGCUGAUGUUGCAGGAUCUCUGAUGUUCAACAGCUUGUCCGGGAGCAAUGGUGGGAUCAUGUGCAACAUUUGCCACAAAAUGUACAGCAACAAGGGGACCCUGCGAGUGCACUACAAAACCGUGCAUUUGCGAGAGAUGCACAAGUGCAAAGUCCCCGGUUGCAACAUGAUGUUCUCCUCUGUGCGAAGCCGAAACCGGCACAGUCAGAACCCUAAUCUCCACAAAAACAUUCCCUUCACUUCCGUAGAUUAGUCUCAGAACGGACACUACAAAUGCCAGCUCUCACCAGACGGCCUACAUAUUUGAACUGCCAUAGUCAGUGUGUGCUUGUGUGCUUGGGAGGACGUGUGUAUAUGUGUGAGUGUGUACACAUGUAUGCCUCUGUGCCUACAUGCGUAUACACACGCACACUUUUUUUUUCUUUAGAUACAAAAAGGUAAACACUAGGUGCUUUUGAAUUUUUUUUUCCUUGAUAGUUUGGGAAGGAGGUGGGAUCUUUCAUUUGGGGGUGAAAACAAAGUACCCUUUAAAUACCCAUACACACACACACACACAAAAGCGUGCAACGAGCCCAAAUUUUGACAGAAUAAUAAUUCUUGGUCCUCUCCAAAGAGACAAUUUGUUGUACCCAUGACUGUUGCCUGCAGAAAAAAAAAAAAAGGGAAAAAAAAGAAAAAAGGAACUUCUUAUAGUUGUCUUUUGUGAACUUUAAGGUUUUGAGAGAAUCUUCAAUUAAAGCAUGGCAGAUUCACCUGUAAAUAUUUCGCCUUGAGAGGCCAAUGAUGUAAAACAAUUGUAUUGAUGGUUGUUUAACUCUUUUGUUUAAUUUUUACAGUUACAUCCAGCUGUUAGAUAUACAGGAGAAAAAAAUAAUUUGCUGGCUAGCUCUAUUCAUUUAUGUUAGCGUUAAUGCACAUUUUUUAAAGGAAAGAGAAAAAACAUGGUCUUGUUUUUACUACCUGCUAGAUAAUAGUGAUAAAGAGGUGCUGGCAUGCCUUACAGCACAGAUCUGAUUUUUUUAAAUGUCCUGUACUAGUACAUAAAUCCAGUCAUGCACUUUUUUUCAUACACUACAAGGGGAUGUGUAAUAUCCGUGCUUCUUUUUUAUCCUUAAACUAUUGCCAUACUUCAAGUAAGUGUCUUUUUUUAAAAAAUUCACUUGUAUAAAAAUGGUCUGGUCAGUAUAGGGCACAAAUGCCAAACAAAAGUAUUAGUGUUAACACAAAACUGCCAACUUUGCACAAGUUUCCAGAAAAGAAAAUACAAUUAGUCACUCAACAUAACCACAGGCCAAUUUGUCGGCCACCAGAAAACCGCUUUAAAAAAAAAAAACACACACACACACUCACUUGGUGAUUCUUUCAAGUGCCGAAUGUUAUUACAAUCAACAUUGCAUCCUUCUUGCUUAUAUGUUCAGUUACAUAAAAGGAAAACAAAAAUUACGUGGUGUGAAACAGCCAAGGCAUUUAUUCUUUUAGAGGCAGGAUAAUAUUUCAGGAUACAAAAGCCCAAAUUAACUCACUAUGGAACAAGGCUGAAUACAGUAAAAGAGUUGAAUACUCAUUCAUAAGGACCUAACCCCUAUCCUUUAAAAAGAAAGAAAAAGUCCAAACGGGGCUGGUCUGCUUUGUGGCCGUCUAAUUUGUCGCAGGGUUUGUAGUCCUGAGUUCUAUGAGUCAGGCCUCUUUGAGCGACAGAAUCAAAAGACAUGGAACAGCAGCAGUGCCUGGAAGCUUGGCAAACAUGGGCCGAACUUGAACUGAGCAACACUCCUUUCUGAAAAGCCAGAGAAAGGGGUUUUAAAACAGGAUCUCUCACUGUUCAGUGUUUUGUGUUUCCCCCACAUGAUGUGUCAGAAACGAAAGCCAGCCUGAAACCAGGCGGUAGAGAGUGAAAGAGGCGGGAGAGGAUUCCCCGAACCUGUUUUGUUUUGUUUUGUUUUGUUUCCGAUGUUUACACAUGUUGCCUGAGCUGGUUAACCACAUCGGCAGCCUCUGCUACCACAACAUACUGACUAAAUGAUGAUAUUUACUCAACUUCAGUCUGCAGCCAAAACCAUUAGGGUGUGCAGUGCGGACUGGGUUUUGUUGUCUUUUUUUUUUUUUUUAAGUUGGGGGGCUAGAGAGAUAAACAAGGACUAUUUUGUCAAAUAGUACACAGUAAUUUAAAAAGAAUGUAUUUCUUUUCUGCAUGUAAGGGCCUCAGACAUUUCUCUCAUCAGUCUAAAAGUUAGAAUUUCCCUCUCCAUUUAAACUUUUGUCAUUUCCAUUUUUCAUAGGUUUUGUAAUUAUUUUUUUCUAUGUUCACAUCAGCAUUCACUUCCGUUAAGUUUGCCAAAGGAAACUGUUACUAUGUUUCUCUUGUUAUUAUUCCUGUAGGAGUUAUUGUACCUCACAGUAUUUAUUGUUUCCAAAAAUCAGCGUCAUCAGUUGAGGAUUCAGUAUUUGUGAAAAUUUCAGAAAUAGAUUCUUCAAGAUAAACUAGAUGUGUCUAGGAGCUUUAUCUUUUCAUCUCCUUCAGAGGAUGCUAUGGGGUUCAUUUAAUUCUUAAGUCUUCAUUUGUUAUACAGUGAGGAGAGACCAAAAGUAUUUGCAGUAUAAAAGCAACUUUAUCAAACACUAUGUCUCUUAAAUGACCAAUGUUUACGGUAAAGAAGCUGAGGAAUUAGUGCUAACCGUUUUUGUUUUCUUGUACUUUUAAAUUCCCCAAAGUCUUAAUUGCUUUGUUUUGCUGUUGUGUUAAAUCGAAUAGACAGAUGUUUUCCUUUGUUUUAUACCAUAUGAGACUCUGUACAGUAUGUUUGUGAAAGAUGGAACUAGAAUAAUGAAAGUUUGUUUGCAAACAUUUUGGUCCUCUUAGCGUUCUCUGUGUUGCGCUGUUGCCCCUGAAUGAUUUGAUUGUGGAAGGGUGGAAAAAAUAUUUUUGGUAUCCCAACAAAAGAUGAUGGGAACACUAGCUUUUGGGGUGUGCGUAGACUGACACUUAAGUUUUAUGAAACCACAUUUUUGGCAGUCGUUUAUUUUAAAGUUGCACUCUUGGUUGAGACACUAGAGCUCAUCUUGUGCAAAAUCAAUGUUUAGUCUGUUUAAUUUAAUGUCAACUAAAAGGUCAAAGAGCCCUAGUGAGUGAAUUACCUAACUGUCAACAGGCCACAUCCGCAAAUGAACCAGGCUUAGAACAAAUGUUUGUUACUCGCCACAAACCAGUGGUUAGCCUGUUAGGACAAGUCCAGAAAUAAUGAGAUUCUUGAGGUAGGAUUUCCCUUGCCUGAAGCAAGAGUGUAUCCCCCUGCCUUUUGUUGGAGAAAUGAUACCUUUGCUACUAUUUUUGUGCCUCAGGUGCCCACAUGUUAUGGUGGCCUUCAAGGAAGGCAAAGCAUUUUCCAGCCUAAAACCUGUUUGCUUAAAAGUUAUGGGCCAGAGUGGGUGGAAGUGAUCCACAGGAUGUAGAAUCAUGAAACGUUCAUUUCUUCUAGCCUCGGGGUAUGGCUCAUUCUUGGGUGUGUGCCUGAGUGCAGAGUUUUGAUUUAACUCUAUACUUUUAGUUAAGAUGGUGAUCCCAAGACUUAUUUGCAAACAGGAAGGAUGUAGAGAUCACUCAGAUUUUAAUCACUGAGAGCUUCAUUUGUGCCAUUCAUACUCAUUUCUUUUUUCAUAGGACUUUCCUAUUGUGAAACAGGCUCUGUCUAGCUGCAUACAUUCUUUGCCGGCUGAGAAGGACUUAGGGAUGCAGCUUUUCAUCCAAGCAGCCUUUUCCCAUUUGAUUGAUUUUAACCAGCGUUUUGUCACAGGUACAACACUGGGCAGGAUUAUUAAUGUGCAUGUUCACUAGCUGGUGUCGAAAUGUACUGAUUUGAUCAUUUGAAGCUAAGUUUUUGUAAAUAGCAGAAAGGCUUGAUCCACUUUAGGGAGUAUCUGUGUGUUAUGGACAGGGAGACAACCCAGAGCAAGGAUAAGGCUAGAUGGGUCAGUAAUUUGGUUUUAAAAAUGUGAUUAAAAGUGUGACAUUGUUUUGCUGUCUACCUGUAUUGAAAUAAGUUAAUGCAUUUCAGAUCUUAGUCCAGCAGCCCAGUUCAGCCUAAUGCCUUUAAAGGUUUCAAAGUGUUAAUGUUUUUCUUCUCACUGUGACAAAUAUCUCUCUUGAAAUUGUUUUUAGCACAAUGUACCACUACUACCCUUGUAGUGUGAUUUCUUUGGCCAUGAAUUUCCAGGGCCUUCUGGUAAGAGGAGAAAGGCCUUUAACUGGUUAACAGCCUAUUAGUGUAUACACUGCUCUUAAAAAAAAAAAAAAAAAAAAAAGUAAGCUUUGACUAUAUCAAGAAUGGGCUGUUCCAGAAGCAUUUUCCUCAUUUUCCUCAGGAGAAACCAUGCACUCGGUUCCCACCGAAUAAAAAGUGACCUUUUGUUUCCCUUGCUCUGUACACAUUCCUGAUGUGUGCCAAGCAAAUGAGAAUGGGGGCCCUUGGCAAAUAGAACAUAAAGAAGCCAGUAACCAGAUUGAGAUGGACAUGCUGCUAACUGCUAACAGUUGACCUGAGCAGCCCUAACUUGUACUUGGUCUUUAGUGUUGGGUUAGGUUGACUAACAGUAAAUAAAGUUCUGCUGUCACAAGACAUGCUAUGGCUGCUGUCAUAAGAAACAAAGCAUCUGGAAGAAACUUUUCUUUGAUCCCAUGGACACACGCCUUUCCUUGAACUUUGGAAAACAAUGACACAUUUUGGGUUUCUUUUAAAUCACCUAUAUGCCCCCCCAAGCUUGGAAUAUUUAGAGGAUUUUGCUUUUCCCUCUCAUUCUUUGUUCUCCUAAUAGGAAGGGUCCAAAUGAGUAAGGAAGGCUUAAAAGGCAGGUGCCCAAAAGAACGGAGGGAAUUAGUUUUUUCAAGCCGGGUGGAGGAUACGAAGUAGAGGAUUCAUACCUACCCUGGUUUAAGGAUAACUAGGCAAGAAGAGAGUGGAUGCCCUAAAAGGGUUUGUUCAAGAGAAAAGCCUGGUACAACUCAGCCUAGUGGGUGAGAGGAAUCAAAGCAGAGCCCCCCCAGGACCAGGUGCAUCACUGAAGCUCAGUUCUGAGGAGGAAGGGAAUGGAAUAGCUCAAGUCCCUUUUGGAUCAGGGGCGCCAACUAGGGCCGUUGUGGAGGGGGUGUGUGUGUGUGUGUGUGUGUGUAUGUGUGUGUGUGUGCGCGCGCGUGCGUGUGGUGAAGUGAGGCUAGAGUCCCUCAAGGAACAAAAAGAUCCCCUGGCUCAACUAGGUCCUAUAAAAGGCCAGACGGAGCUCUGAUUAUGACAAGUGGAGCUGAAAAAGUUGCAGUAGCCAGCACGGAGCUCUUCUUUCUCCACCUUUCCUGUCGUGCACCCUCAUCGCUGUGGGGGUAAUGCUGUUUGCCUAAAGCUCUCCUGAUCACAAUGCAAGCUCAUUCACUUUCCUACAAAGCAUGAAAGUAACUUUUCUGUUUUCAUAGUUCCCCUCCAAGCUGAACCAUGUGUGGGAGCCUUGCUUGUGUUGGCAUUAAGGUCGUACAUAUCUGCUCCAUCUGAAACAUGUUCUCCUAUUUCCUAUGGGUGGAGAGUCGCUCACUGUAAAUGCUAAUUUCCCAUUAGCAUUAUGUAAAUCCAGCUGUAAAAGUGAUUAGUCAAUUCAUCUAAUGUCACUCUUGCCCAGACACCCAUCCUUUCCUGUAUUUUCCCAUCAUCCUCAUUCUUUCCACAUCUUGCAGAAAAUGAUGUUUAUGGUCACUUGGCAAUAACUGGACAUCAAAUACUGUCUUUUUGGCAUUUGUUGAAAAAUCCAAAUGCCUGAUAACAGGGUGUUUUUUUUAAAAAAAACAAAAAACAAAAAAACAAAAAAAAACCUAAGCAUUUUUACAAGUACACUGAAUUGGAUCAGCAUUAUUGUUCAUUAUAACGCUAUCUAUUUUUUUGAAGUAACGUACUGUAGUUGUCAUAAAACUAUCUUUAUUCUUCUCUUCUGAAGUGUUGUUGUAAAUUCAUUUGACCUUUACUGCAAAAAAAAAAAAAAUCUUUUCUAUAUAGACUAUAAAGACAAGGCUCACUGUGUAACAAAUAGGGGACCAUUACAAAAGAGGAAGGGAAAAAGCCAGGCUGAGCAGCGAGAAGCUUCAGUUCAAUUUCACCUCAUAUCUUUCUAAUAACUUACUUGUCACUUUAUUACCUUCCAGUAAUGUGAGCGCUGCUGACAAGACUGUCACACUAACAGCAGACAACACCCUGUCUGCUGCAGCCCCAGCUCUCCUGGCUACUUACUGCCCUGGCCCUGAAGGGACACAAACUAAUAGUGUGCUUUCCAGUUCAGCACUUGGCCAUCAAAUAUAAAAGGAUGCGUAAUUGCCUGUUUAUCCCUUGUGAAGGGGAAAUUGAGUACAAGGGCUAGGCUUUCCCACUGAGUUCCCUGAUGUGCACACACAUCCACAGUCAGUCUCUCUCCUUCCCCCUCUCCCUUUCUCUGCCCCCCACCCCCCGCCUUUCUCCUCUCCCUCCCCUUUCAACACACAGGCACAUACACACACCCACUAAACUGUAUCUUUGGUAAGCCCACCACUGCCCCAAGGUGCCCUCUCCAGCUAUUAAGUGGACACUAACAAGACUACUUCUUAAAUAAAGGGUCAGAGGGAUGCUGGCUGUGAUGGCAUUCUUUGCAUCUUUGGAAACUUUUAAGUAUUGCAAUUCCUUGCCCAUGCAUUUGGGGGUUACUGGGGUGGCCCGAUAAUGAACAUAAAAUUUCUGCAAGUCAGUGACAAAAGUGGCAUUAGAUCACCCCAUAUUCUGAAGGCAAAAGCAUGAUAUUUUUCUUCCCCUUCAAAAACUGCACAUGUAAACAAAUUAGCUGUGUGUGAUAUAUUUUUUUUUAGUUUUGGCAUCCAGCAUUAGCCUAAACGUAUCCAUGUAUCUUGCCAUGACACCCUCCAAAUCCAUAAUGUUAACAAGACAGAUUAAUCUUCGUUUUGUUUAACUGGACUGACAAUCUGAAAAAAUAAUAAGGCAUGGAGAUUUUGACUUGAAUCACUAAAACAGGGACCAACCUAUACAUGAAAGGUCAAUUCUCCACUUUGGGAGAAUUUUGGUAAGAACAAGCAUCUGAGCUUUAUGAAAUCAAGUGACGGAAGCCACAAAAGGUACAGAGAAGAUGAUGUGAACGUGUUACAUUUCCAGACACCAUGGGCCCAAAUAAUGUGUAGGUAUUGGCUGCUAUUUCUGUAUACUGAACUGCUUCAAGGGGGUGAAAAAAUGGCUAAAGGAAGUCCAUGCUUCCUUCUAACCCUCUGGCUGCAGGUCUCGUAGAAGCUGUUGACCCUUGCUUUGAACAGUCACAUUUCAAAUGUACUCGUCAAUCAAAUAAGACACACGUGGGUGUCAUCUUUGAUGUGAAGUUUGGGAAAGAGCAGAUUGGCAAAUCUAGAGGCAGAUGACUGAAUGGGUCUAUGCUGACAAAUCCAUGCUAAAUUAUUUUCAGUAACCAGCGUGAGGACUGGGAAGAAAAGCACUUUGAGCAGGGAUUCUUGGGGUCCAAGACUUGAUUUUUUUAGGUUCCCCUAGCCUGUAUAUAUAACGAUCACGUAUCAAACUUCUUCAUAGAUGAUUAAUUAAAAAUUCAGUUGCCAAAAUUGCACAAAUUCUACUAACAAAUGCUAGCUCUUCCUCCUUUAAGUAACAGGGAUGCUUCAGGACAGUUUUAAUUCUUUAAAACAAUUUUUUAGCCUCAAGACUCUGAAGGAAGGGAAGAACAGAAAAGGAUAUUUUCACAGAAAUGGAGAGAAGUAGAUAAUAUAAGAAUAUAUUUCUUGGAGAAAGAAUCUUAAGUGCUAUUCCAAGACCUUACAAGACUUCCUGUUGCCAAAUGUGAUGCUGAAAUAAUUCACAAGUAAGAGGGCAAAUCACUCCCUUACGAACUGGAUCUGCCCAGUUCUAUUCUGGAACUUGAGGAUGGGGAGGAGACUCUGUCUGGGGAGGCCCCGGAUUGGGGGUAGGAGGCGGAGAAGAGGAAGCACUCCACCCCUCUCCCCCUGGGAAUGUUUUCCACGUGACAGAGGGGAGCCCAGCCCCCUUGGUAGUCCCAUUCCAAGUUCGCUGACCUGGCCCUGUGUAUGCAUAAGCCUUUCCACGCUAGGAGACAAAGUACCCCUUACCCUCCUGAGAAUCGGCGCCAUGCCUGUAGCCAUGAGAAGUGCUGAUUCACCAGGGACGAUGCUCUUGACUCCCAGAGAGUGUGCUGAGCUACUAGGUUCAGUUAAGACAUGUCAGCCAAGGUUGACUGUUUUUCUUCGUCUAGUACUUAAUUUGGAGCUUUUUGGCAUGUCUUUGUACAGAGUCAAACAUUCCUCUCAUUGCCCCUCUUAAUCCCCCCUGACUUUCCCAUUAUCUUUCCAUUCUUGCCCUUCCUUCUUCUGAGCUCACCUGCCCCCUUAAAAAAAAUAUAUUUUCUGAAGCAAAAAGGUAGAACACUCCUUCCUUCAUCUGCAUUUUGAUCACUUUGGAAACAUUUGUGUGUUCUCCCCUGUCCAGGGUUUACAUAACGUGAAUUAAGUGAAUGGGGUGUUGUAGGAUUAUGUAGUAACCUGAUAAUGAUCAAGACUUAUAAUAUACGGUGCUCUCACUUCCCUGUGCAAACUUGGUUCAGCUGCCCUACAGAGAAGUCUUACCCUUUUCCUCCCAGUGCCAGUAUGAACAAUGCAGGAGACCUGAACGUGGGUACCUGGAGGUCAGAGAGGCAAGGAAGAUGAAGAAAUCAGAAGACUUUGGUCUGAGGCCACCCUGGGCCUUUCCUCAGAGGUACAGUCUUGCCAGGGCUUUGAGAAAGAAAGUUCCGUGUUCUCUACUGCAGAUCACGAACUAGUUCUUGUAGAACUAGCAAGAUCCUUCACAUGGUUGAGAGAACCUAAGAACUUUCUUGUCCAUCCCAAACCCACUGGUGAGUCUCCAUAGCAAAAACCAUUGACUCAGCCUGCAUAUCUGACAGCAAAAUUGGCCAAAGGAAAUUGAUAUAUCUUAAGGGAAAGGAAUUUUCUCCAAGAUCUUGGCCUCUCCCAACCCCAGAGUUUGGGGGGUUAUGCUUUUUGUUUGUUUCUGUUCUCAUCUGCAUCAGACCAGCCUCUUCUGCUCAGCCUGUCACAGAACCAAAGUCUGUACUACAGAAGGGAGCUGCACCAAGGGACGGGGACAGCUUGCAUCGCCCUGAUCUAAUCAUUGUGACGUCGGUAGCUUCAUAAAUACUGUAUGUACUUUGAACAAGGGUUUUGUUUUUGUUUUGUUUUUGUUUUGCUCUUUCUUUUUAUUAGUAGUCUAAGGGAAUUCAAAGUUUUUAUUUGCUAUUUCCUUUGUUGUAUUGUCUGUACUAUAACUGUCUACAGUAUGUCUUUUGCAUAAAAUGCAUAAGGGUUUGGGGAUGUAAAUGGAAUUUUAUUCAUAUUUUGUCCAAAUACCUCUUGUAAUUUGUAUCAAAAUUCUUGUACAAUUUUUAUAUUAAAGAUUUAUCAGUCACUGA